AUGUUCAAUAAAUCCGGCCCAGUUAUCCCACCUGUCGCCUCCCUCGAGCGCCCGGAACCCUUAACAACUGUGCUGACGAAUGACAAGGAGGAAUUCCGCGACGACUGUACGCCCUGUCGAGUAACUGGAGCUGCAGCAUUUGCUGGACUCGGUAUCUACAGUUACUACUCUGGCCACGCACAACUACUGGCGCAGCAGAAGGCAAUUGCGAAGAGUGGAAGCAUGUUUGGGUUAAAGAGCAGGCAGACUGGAAUUACCGGAAUCGCGAUUACUCUUGUCGGAAUGGGGCUUUGGAGAUUAGUCAACUAG